GCCCUCUUCAUGCGCCUCCUCGUCUUGCUCUGCCAGCAGCAGCCUGCCCUCCAGUGCCUCCAGCGCCAACACCGCCGUCGCCUCCGCUCCCGCCGCCGCUCCGCCUCCCGGGCCGACAGCGAGCGCCGAGGAGGUGCGCGCUUGGCUGGCUAGCAGGAACUUGUCGGAGAACGUGCUGGCGACGUUUGACCAGCUGGACGGCGCCGAGCUCUGCGACCUCUCGGUUGACGAUUUCGAGGAGUUCAUCCCGAAGCUCAAGGCGAGGGCCAUCUACAAGGCGCUGCAUGCUGCCGACGGCGAGAACAUGCCGCCGGCCUGAGGGCGACCUGAGAGGAUGUCUGCGCCGCGCCGCCUCUAGAUUGGCGCGAGAUUGUGAGAGGAGACGGCUCCCCCGCGUAGCUUGCCUGAUACGCGGUACGUUGCUCUCGGUGGUGUACUGCCGGUGCGUGUGUGCUCUGCUCUCGGUGAGGCGUGAGCGGGGUGCCGCGCCCGAGAUUGUUGGAUGGUGCAUCCCUGUCGCUCUGCUCGGGCGGCCUCCCUGUUGAGUGUUGUCUGUGGCCUGUGCGCGCUGUCUGCGGCCUGUCUGGGUGGCAUGGGCGGUGAUAACUGCUAACUCUGAACCGUGUGUGAUGACUGAUGGGUCUGGGUACUGGCUGGGGGACGUUUAAUACAGUAGAUCGCGUCGAAA